CGACGAGGGAGCAUCAGCAGGAUGAGUACGAUAAACACGAGACGAUGGUUGCCAUUAACGUUUCCCGCCUCGCCAUCCCAGCCGUCUCUUUACUUAUCACAUUCCUUGCAUAUUCAUCGCAGUAUAUAUUUCUAUACUUAGAGCCAUCGCCGCUAAGAAAGGACCAACUGAUUAAGUUUAACGUUUUGGUAGCAUGUCUUUGGAUUUGUUAUUACCGUGCUUGUACAACAGAUCCCGGGCAAGUGCCUGCUGGUUGGCAGCCGUCUGUCGCAAAUGAUGUCAUUGAGACGGGAGAAACGGCGCAAAAUGGUAUCCAAUAUUCAUCCUUUCGACAACGAUGGUGCCGGCGAUGUGAUACUUUCAAGCCUCCUCGGGCUCACCAUUGCAAGUCUUGCCAGCGAUGCAUACCCAAAAUGGACCACCACUGCCCCUGGACAGAAAACUGCGUUUCUCAUUUUACCUUCCCCCACUUCAUUCGUUUUCUCUUUUAUGCAGUGUGUUCUAUGACAUACCUUGAAUGUCUCCUCUACCCCCGUGUUGCUGUCGUUUGGAAAAACCGGCAUCUGCCGAGCUAUCUGGGGCCAAGCCUUCCACAGCUAGUUCACCUGUUCUUGCUUGUUGUGCUUAAUUCUACGGUGCUCUUCGCACUCGUAAUCCUGCUGGCACGAACACUGUGGUGUCUGGGGGGAAACACAACUACCAUCGAGGUUUGGGAGAUUGAAAGACAUAAAACACUUCUUCGACGAGCUCGUGUCCUUGGAGGAUAUCUUGAUGGCCCGGACGGCGUUCCUGUGCGUAUCCAAAAACAGGAAUUUCCAUACGACAUUGGGAUCUGGAACAAUAUAAAAUCCGGUAUGGGAGGAAGCGCUAAUAUCAUUAGUUGGUUUUGGCCUCUUGCUUCAACUCCACGUCAAGGUUCAGGGUUAGAGUUCGAGGUGAACGGUUUUGAAGAAAGCACCGUGUCAUGGCCACCACCCGACCCAGAUCGAAUGUAUAAGUCGAUGCCACGGAACAACUUUAGAAACGAUUUCAGUGGUGAACAAAACUAUGCAUCGCAAAGUCAAGAAAUUGAAGCAUUUAAACGCCGCCAAAGAGAAGACUUCAAGCGCCGACAGAUUGUGUCAGAAGUUCAACGUCGAACCCCCUUCCACAAACGGUACAUCCAAAAUGUGGAGAUGACAGACUCUGCUGACUUGAGUGGAUCUGAAAGUGGGGGAAACUCCGAUAGCGGUGAAGAAGGUUGGAGAGAUCCGGAGGGUGAUAGACUUCGGGACUUUGGGGUUGACGAAGAGGUUGAAUUCUAUGAUGAGGACGAUAUCCCGCUUGCAGAGCUUCUUCGGCGAAGGCAAGCCCAAGUCAAAUGCACGACUUGAAAAAUUGGACAUGUGCUCUCUUGCUGAAUCUGGCAAUAUUGGAAGAUCCCACAUCAUUGGCCCCGAUCAGUCAAAAUCCGCAAUUUAUCGGCCUAAACUCGGAAUAAGACGAUUGGACGAGAACAAACCAUGGAAGAUGGCGGCUUCUAGCCUAGCACACCUCUUCAAGCGUAAACUCCCCUGAUGGCUCCUCGACAGCGUUGUGAACGGCAAGUCGUUGCCGAGCCAUGCGCGUCCCUUCUCCCAGAAUUCCACAGUAAAACCUGCAUGCAUAUCCUACGUGCAUACGAAUGCAAUGUCGAGUUGUCUGGAUACCUCACUCCACCCCAGCGAAUAUGCGUCAAAAUUAGCCAUCAUCUAUUCCGAAAGAACCAGUUAGCCAACACGAGGGAAUUGAAAAGCCUCAUUUCGUUCUACCCAGAAAAAGAGUGGGAUUAACAAGGGUGUGAAACCCCCGUCGACAUACUCCAUCCAACAGGAGCUGGGACAAAUCGUAUUUGUUUGCGGGGAGAAAUACCAUGGCGGGGUCCGAGCUUCUCCAGCCAGCCUUGCAUCACCUCCGGCACAGGACAGCGUUGCUUGGCAUUCAACAGAUUGGGUUGCCAAAAAUUGAUAAGCUUACCCCCGCGUUUUUUGCAACUUUCCGGGGUUGGUUCAUUAUUAUUGAGAGCUGGGUCCCAGCUUUUCACUCUGUCAACAAGGCGAGGUCCAAUAAUAUUAUUUGCUCCACAAAUGCUUACGUUUGUUCUCUGACCCCGUCUGUUCGCAUAACUAUGACACUGAUCUUUCUCCUUGUUACAGCAAGGGGUACGUAUUUUUGCUAAAAGACGAACUCUGAUGCCAGCAUUUCGGGUUACAGGGCACAAGAAGACCAGAAUAGGGGAGCAGCGGGUUCUGUCAACUUCCACAGUACAAUGUGCGAAUGAAGUCUGCCAAUAUCAAGAUGAUUGUUAAGCAACUUUUUUAUUUUUACUUUUACUUUUAUGUCUUUUUUUUCACUUUUUGAGGUUCAGUGACUACAAAACGAAGUGAAAUAAUGAAGCGACGGAAUCCCUUCUACCAACCUCAAAAGGAGCACGAAUCAGCUAUACACUUCAUUGAUUAUGCUUUAAUAUACUGUUUGAAUACACGCGCUUGCCUCAUCUCCUUUCCCCACUAAUCAAUGGACCAAAAAAUGAAACUAAGAACAUCUUCACCAACCUAUGCAGGGCCCACCCAUUUCAGGGCUGCCUCAGGUAAUUCAAAAUGUCGAAGGAGAGCGGUAGUUGCAAGUUGAGUCUCAGAUGCUUUGCACAUCCUCUUCGACCAGAAAAACCAAGAUCAAUUUGCAAGAACAUUAACUAUUUGCAGCGCAUGGACAAAAUGCGACGUUUCAGAAACAUGGGUAGGGAAAUAAUGGGUAUGUAUGCGUUUAAUUGGAAUCCAGGCGGAAAUGAAGUGGGUGAGUGGUCAAUUUUCGAGUGUUGCUCCCAUCGAAUUCGAAGAGUAAGGUGGCAGGAGAACUGGAUAUUCUGAUUUCGAUCACUAUGCGCAUGUCAGAAAUAAGGAGCACAUAGCCACCUAGUUGUUUCUGGUGUUUGAUCACAAGACAGGUAUUUGUUUACUAGCUACGGGCAUGAGAGUCGAGAAAAGCAACACAAAAAAGCAUUUCUCAGUGCUCUCCAAAGUUUCGAUUUAAUAGCCCUUAUUAAUGAGUGACAUGGUCGUCUCCAGCAGAUGGGUUUGAAAUUCGAUUAUUAUGCUGGAUAAUGAGCCGUGGGGAUAAUUCUGCACAGACGAUACUUUUCAGGGAAGAAAGCCACAAGAUAGAAACCCCCAAGUCACUGCAUGGCACUCGGGAUGUUGGCGGCUGCGACUGACGGGCCCAUUCGAAAAGCUGUUGUGCCACAUUAACGAAAUUCAGCCUUUGGAAAACACUUGCAAGUGGGUCUGGUUUGAUUCUAUCUAGCAUCCAAAGUGAAUCAAUAAUACACUACGAAGCCAUCAAUCCAAACUAGAAGCAAAAUGCCGGCAUUUGGAUAAUCCUAACACACUCCUGGUCAAACCAGAAUGAUCUCCCCACGCUACAAUGGCCGCAGUUAUUGCUAAGGCCGAACAACCGCCAGACAUUGAGAGAAAGCCUGAUCUUGAAGCACCGCCUCGCGAGCCUCUCAGACUGUUCUUCUGUUCCUCGUCGCGCAUCAACUGGAGAUCCGAACCUUACGUCUGUCACCAAGUCGAUUGCGAACUAAGCCACGGAUAAAAUGGUGGCAGAAAUUGUAGACGAGAAUGAGCCGAAUUCCGCCGGGAGUGGCACAGGGUAGUAGUGAUAUCAAUCCAGGGUUCCAUAAUCUCGAUCAAAGCGAAGGAUAAGAUGGAAUAGAAUACAAGGCAGAAAGAAGGACAAUAAUGGGAAUUUCCACCAGGCACCCAAGCAGCUCAUCAGUCCGUGCGGUUCAACAGUUUUCCAGAUAUAAGUUGAUUGUGGGACGCAACUAGGACCAACAGUGGGCAAUAUUUAAGUCCUGGAAGCUUCCUUCUUACUGGCAGGGUCGCCGCAACACCUCACCAAUUAUGACGCUGGCCUUGCAGCUCUAGACUGAGAAUCUUGGAGUUCCCCAACUGUCACCGCGCCAUCGCCGCCGGGGAUGUACUGUACAUCGCAGUCACCCCGCGCGUCUUCUAUCCUUCAAUCUUUGCCUUGCCCGAUAUUAGCAGACCUCCUUCGUUCGGCCGGAUUCCAGACAAAGGUGGGCGUAGCGCUGACAGGCCCGGACAAACCAGAACACCAGUAUCAAUAUCUUCAAGAUUUUACUGUGGUAGGAGAAACCAUGGGCUACCGUUCGUAUUUCAAAAAUUCCACAUGUGCGACCAGCAGGCGAACAUGCGACAUUGCAGUGGGAUAGAAAGUCAAAAGUCGGUUAGUGCUCCAUAGUAGCAGCCCGGAUCGUUAGUCGCAUACUCCGUACAUCGUAGAGGCAUCACGAGUCUGUGGCUGGGGCGCUGGGGUCAAAUUUUCUACAUACCGCGUUAAGCCCAGAUACUGUUGGCUGACACCAACUGCAUGGGCCAGGGUGGUCCCUGAGUAUGGGGUACUGGAUUUAAGGUGUUCCCCUUCACAGAACCACCUACCGGUGGUAAAUUGCCGAGCUCUCUUAUGGCUGCUGGGCAUCGACGGGCGAGAGUCGCGACGAUCCAGGAGUACCAACACCAGCCUGCCUCCUAGGCUGGCUGGCGGUCUUGGAGCCUAUCACGCCAAUAGGGCCUUGCAAACCGCUCAUAAUCGGAAUCUGACAGCCGCACUGGUUCAUACAAACCCCCACACGUCCGACCCUCGACAGCCCAGCUGCUUCAAGCAUGCAACUCUCAACGAGCUGCUGCGAGGUUUGACCAAUAUCAAGAUGCGGGCUUUUCAGCACUAUUUCACACCGAGCAGAUGAUCUUGCUUCACCACCCCUCAAUGGCCGCUCUAUCAAAGCUUCCCUAGGUAGUGGAUACAUCGAACUUCGCAGACUGUUGUGGUUGCAGCUCUAGCUACCGCCCAGAUUGAGAAUGUUUCUCGUCUUCCUCGUUGCCAAUGAUGGAGGCAAUCGGGCAGAUUGAACGUAGCCCAAGCAUGCGAUUGGAGAUCGGGGCUGGAUCAAUACACCGCAGCUUGAGGAGCAGGGUACAGGCCCGCUGCGGACGGGAAUUUUUACCCCUACCCCCUAAUACCCUAGUUGAUGUAGACCUUCAUCGGUGUUGAGGAUUCAGAUGUCUUUUUUUUUUUUUUUUUGCAUCGUUCU